GUAAACGAAAACUGAUAUGAAAUGAAUAAAAUAAUUAUCUUAUGCAUAGUGUUGGGAUUGAUUGGUUGUGGAUGGGCUGAGCAGUCGUGCUCUGCAUUGGACGGCCCGUGCGGUGGUUCAGCUAAGAGACAGUGCUGUGCUGAGGGACAGAGCUGUGUUGCCACGGAUAUUGAACGUGACAGUAACGGCCGGUUUGUGGCCUACACCGGGGUUUGUAAACGCAAUUGUGGGUCAUUGUGGGCGAUGUGUACCCUCGGAUAUAACAGCUGUUGCACCGAAUUGGGACUCGUAUGUCGGGAAACUGGUAAUGCUAGAGGUACCGGUUGGGGACAGUGCUCGCCACAAUAAGUAAUCAAAAACUUUCAAACUUGUUAAUCA